UUGAACUCCGAGGAGUGGCUGCUGGACGUCGAGCCGGCAAAAACAUGUUCGGCAGGUACGUUCCGCGUGCCCAACCUGAACAACAGCGGCGUGCACGAGAUCUAUCUGGCGCUCGGCAUGUCGAUCCUGCGCGCUCCGAUCAGCCCACCCGAACACAUAGAUCUUACAGCCUUCUUUGUGCGGCGAUCUCGCUCAGCGACAUACGACAUCAACGACGAUUUCACCAAGUUCUGCUUCGCCAUCCGCGACGGCCUGCGCUGGUCCGAUGGCCAUCUGGUGACCACCGAAGACGUGCGCAUGACCUUCGAGCUGUACGCCGAUGAGCGCAUCUAUCCGACCUUCUAUUUCCGCGCCACCGCCCCCGACGGCAGCCCGCCGGAGGUCACCAUCAUCGACGACCUGUCGUUCUGCGUGGAGUUCAGUCAGCCGUACGGAAGUUUCUUUACUGCGAACCUUCGCUUCGUGGAUUCCCGACUACACACUGCUGUUUCGGCCGGCGCACUUCAUCAGCAGUUUCACGCCGACUACACGCCGAUGGACAAGAUUCAGCCGAUCCUGGACGAGCUUGAGGUCGAAACCUGGGAGCAACUCGUGCAGCUCAAGGACAUGCCGCACUGGGAGUUGCACCGAGCGCACGGAAUGGACGUUCCGUCGCUGGCGCCGUGGGUCGGUAUCGAGGCCACCAGCACCGGCUACAAGCUGGAGCGCAACGCCUACUAUUGGAAGGUUGACGUGGCCGGCAAUCAGCUCCCCUACGCCGACUUCAUUGUCGCCGAGAACUCCGCCGACCUGGAGGCGAUCAAGCUGAACACCGCCGCUGGCGAAUACGACGGCAUCGCCACGGUGCUGCACGGCUCCAUCAACAACCCGCCGGUGCUGUUCCUGAACCAGGACUUCGAGUACGACAAAGAGGGUAGCGCGUGGCAGACGCUGAUGAACGACAAGCGGUUCGGCAAGGCGCUGGCGCUGUCGGUCGACAAGGACGACGUCAACGACAACGUCUACUUCGGCAUGUACAAGCUGGACACCAUCACCGACCUCGCGAUCCGCUUCGGUCCCGACGGCAAUCCGUUCACCCUCGACAUCAUCACCGCCAACGUGUCGCCGGACUUCCUGCUGGUCGGCGAGCUGUUCAAGCAGUACUUCGAGGAGAUCGGGGUCCGCACUUCGUUCACCGUGCUGGGCAGCCAGAUCUGGAGUCAGCGCCAGGCCAACAACGAACACAUGGCCACCGUUCACUGGUCCGACCGUCCGAUCUGGGCGCCGGGCAUCUCCGAGGACUUCGGGCCCUACGCCAAGGGCGAUUGGGCACAGCAGUCCUACCUCUACUACAACACCGGCGGAGAGACCGGUCGCGAGCCUCCGGAUUACAUGAUGGAGUACUUCGACUUGUGGAAGCAUGGAAGCCGCAACUACGUAUCGAUCUGGCCGACCGGCAGCAUGACCGUGCCAACGGUUUACAACGCCGAUAUGGGCAACGUCAUCAAGGAAGGCUAUCCCUUCGACCGGGCGCUGGACUACGGGAUGGAGCAGCUCUUCUUCCGUACCAUGAACUAG